AUGGAAGAUAUUGAAUAUAUUAGAUUCUAUGUAAAAGCUACAGAUAAAUUAUUAUAUGAAUUAGAAACUAUAAAAUCAUCUUUACCAGAAUUUAUAUAUAGUGAACCCUCUAGUAAACUUCCACUUAAAGGCAGUGAUCUUAUAUCUUUUAAUAAACAACAAUCUUCUACAGCUAAUAUUACUAAUACUAAAUUAGGAUUAUCAACAAUAAAACUUUUAAAAAGGCCUAAGCGUAAAGUUGAUACUUCAAAAUAUUCUAUUCCAAAUAUUCAAGAUAAAGAAGAUGAUUUAUAUACAGAUCUCCAGAGUUUAGAGGAACAAAUUAAAGAUAUGAAAGAUAAAAUUAGUUUACUUAAAAGUGAUAUAUUUACUAAUUCAACAACAAAACCGGAUACACUUCCAAUUAUGGCAAUUCCACAAAAGUGGGAUAUAAAUCCAGAAAAAUCUAUUGAAUCAAGUCAAGAACCUGAGUUAGAUCCAAAUUUAAAGAAAUGGUUUGAUGAAUUACAAACUACCUCAAUACCUUCUACUAACUCUAUACCAGGUUCUAAAUAUCCUAUAUUAGAUGAUCCAACAAGGCCAAAGAUUUUGAAAGAACAAUUGAAGAAUACUCCAAAUUGGAAAGGCUCAGCUGGACAAUUAAUCAAGGGAGUAACACCUAUAGAUAAACUUUCAAUAAAUUAUGAUGAUGAAGAUCGUUCAAUAUUACCUGAAAUAAAUAUUGAAAUAGGGGUAAAUGAAGAUACGAAUACAGUGGAAUUAAAAGAUCCUGAAGAAGUAUCUCUUAAAGAAGAUUUAUUAAAGAUAAAACCUAUUUUAUCAGAUAAUAUUUCUGGAGGUAGUAUUAUUGAGGAGAAAGAUUUUGAAUAUAGAGGCGAAUUAUUUGCAAAAGAUCCUAUUGAUUUUAAGAAUACAAUGGAAGAUCCUGUACCAAUUGAUUUUCAUAAUAUUGAAGAUGUUAGUGAAGAUUCUUUAGAGUUUAAGGAACUAAAAGAGAUAUUUCCAGUAAGACAAAAAAGAAAUAAAUCGAAGGAAAUUAAGAAAAAUUCUAAAAUAAAGAAGAUUAAUACUGAAUAUUUAAAACAUAUAAAUUCAUUAUCAUCAUUACCAUUAUCAUCAUCAAAAGAGAAAUCCUUAGAGUUACAUAUUGAUAAUAUUCAAUCUUUGGAUACCCUACCACUAACAUCUAUUAUAUCUACUGAUAAAUUUUCAUUUAAAUCUAAUAAUAAUAAAAAAUUAUCAAAUUCUAUAUCUAAAAUUAAAAAAAAUAAUUUUAUUGAUUCUUCAGGUUAUAAAGACUUGGAAUUUAUUCAAGAAUCUAAUUUGUUAAGUUCACCUUCAACAAUAAUAGAAGAAGAGAAUUUGUCAAAAAGUUUAUUAUCUGAAAAAUUCCCUUUAAAAGAAUCUAUGAAAAAUUUGUAUUCUAAUAAAUUAAAUCAAAUAAAUACUUUAGAUAAUAUAAUAAUAAAAAAUAAAGAUUCAAUAAUUAAGCAAUCAGGUAAUAAAUUACAAGAAUAUAUUACUAAGUCUCCAAAAGGUAAAUCUUUUAUACAAAAACCUAUAAAUACAACAGGUUAUACUGAUUUAUUAAUAGAAGAUUUUAAAUUAUUUCAAGAUAUUGGAAACUCAUUUGAUAAAAAAAUCAUUGGUAAAAUUGAAAAAACAGAAUCUCAGUUACAAGAUAAUAUAAAUAAUGGUAUUGUUACUAAUAAACAGAAACAAAUUAGUAACCCUACAAUUAUUUCUCAAUUAAAAUCUAAUCAAAUAAAUAAAUCAUUAUUAAAUAAUGAUAUUUUAUCUAAGGGGUUUUAUAAACAAAAUUCAGAUAUUACUUUAAUACCUAAAAAUAAUAGUUUUAAUUUAUCAUUAUUAGAUAUAAAUCCAAAACAUAUAUUAUCUAAAAAUUUAUUAAAUAUUACAUUAAGAAAUCAAAAUAUUUUAAAAGGUACUAAUGAACAAAUAAAUAAUAAAGUUAAUAAUAUAACUAAUAAAGAAUCUAGAGUUAUGGAUAUUUCAUAUAAUAAAGUGAAGGAAAAAUCUGAAGAUAAGGAAAAUCAGCUUUUUAUAUUUGGAGAACUUGGUACUAACAUAAAGUUACCUAAGAGGAAAAGAUAG